AUGUCAGAAAACUCCGCCUUCACGAAGUGGAACGAGAUUCAGCCUGCACACGGUUCAGCUGAGGCUACUGCUCAGAAUCUGGAGCUACUAGGGCUUUCGAUAAGUGAGGACACAAGAAGAGGCUACGAAAGGGCAAGAAGAGAGGUCUAUGAAAUGGGAUUGUCCGCUGGUAAAGUUAUCCGAUACAUCAGAUGCCUGUUGGAUGUAACUGAGCUGAAUUCCACCUCGGUACAGAAGCGAAUCAAAGCCCUAAGGACUUUGCAGAAGCUGGAAGGCUUUAGCACCAUGGAGGCCGCGGAUGAAACGCUUAUUAAGCAAGCCAUGCAGGCUGUUUCUCGUAUAACUUAUACGGUAUAA